AUGACUAAUGACAGUUUUUCAGAAAAGGAAAAUGAGCCUUUAACAAAGUCUGAUGCAGUUUUAACAAUCAGCAGUGACAGCUCAAUCGGAGGUUCCCCCUUAAAAAAGCGUCAGAAGCGCCCCCCAAAAACUUCCACCAAACCCUCCCGUAUAAUCGCUUUAGACACCGACAGCGAGGAUGAUUUUGAGCCCUUAAAACCCAUAUCAAAUUCCCAAAAAUCCGUGAAAAGCUCCCCCAGAAUGUCUGCUCCCAAGAAAUUCAGCCCCAAAAAGCAAUCAAGCUUAACCCGACCAGCGUCUCAACCUCCAUCGGGACCCGGGUCUCAAUCUUCAACCAGCCCCACUAGCCCUCGCCCAAAUUGGCGCGGACCUGACUUCAAGCUCAACUUGAGCCCCUUGGGAGUAAACGAAGACAUGAAAGCCUGGAUAAAAUCCAAGGAAAAAGCCGAAGUGAUGUCCCAGUCCCCAAAGUUAGAAUUCGAGCUGCACUUGCAUUUAAACCAGUUAAACACUCACUACAUCGACAUCCAGGAAAAGAUGCUUUCCGUUUACGAUAAAAUCCCCUUAGAAAUCCUGGAGAAAUUUCCUCAGUUCGACAGUAGCAUCUUUAGCACCCUUAAAUCUCUGCGCCAACACGUUAGAGCUAAGCGAUUAUUAACCGAAAAGAAGCUCCGCAGCGCCACAAGUCCCUCCGGAUCUUCCCCAACUCCAACUAAAAGUUCCUCAGCUAACAUAUCUCCUCCAAGCUCAGAAAUAAGCUCAGAAGCUUCUAAAAAGCGUCCUUUGGAUUUAGACAGUAGCUUGGAACAAUUUGGAACCCCAGAAGCUCCCGAAACUCCAGGAAGCUCUAAAUUCCAAGUAAAGCGCCCGGUAAAAUCAAUUUUACCCGAAAAUACCAGCUCAGAAACUUUAAGCUCCCCAAUAAGGCAAAAUUUGGCGCCAAAAACAAAUUCUAUGGACUUAAGCAACCCAAAAAUGCAAAAUUUCGCGCCAAAAUCAAAUUCUAUGAACUUAAGCUCCCCAAUAAAGCCUAUAAAGCAGAAUUUGAUGCCAAAAACAAUAUUUAUGGACUUUAGCGACCCAGAAGACUCAGAAGAGCCUGUAAUUAAGCCAGUGUCUAAAUUCCAGGUUAAAAAGCCUAUAAAAGCAAUUUUAUCUGAAGUAAACAACAGUUUACCUGCUAAAGAAGCCCCAAUUAGCACUUCUAGCCAAUCUAACAACCCAAUAACCUCUAACGAGCCUUUUUCCAAGGGAUUAUCUAAGCCUAAGUCAAUUUAUGUUGACUUUAGCGACCCAGAAGACCCAGAAGACCUAGAAGAGGUCCAAAAAGCGCCCAAAGAAGUGAAUUUAGACCCGCCAAUAGAAGAAUUUGACCUAACCCACUUUGAAGAAAGCUUCGACGAACCCUUACUACUUUCCAAUCGUUCCCUAACUCAGGAACUAGAAGCGUUACCCGCAUUGGGCUUUAACAGUCAAGAGACUACCUUUAGAAACAACUUCAAAGCGAUGUUCGAGGCGCCUCCGCCUCCAACCGGAAAAUUUAUGGGAGAUAUCCAAAAUGCGGGGCUUACAAAAGAAUUCGAUCGGGAAUAUCCGCAUUCUGCAGAAUUGAAGAAGUUGUUUAGAACCAAAUUCGGAUUGAUAAGUUUCCGUCCAAAUCAGCUUCAGGUUAUGAACGCAGCUUUGACUGGGCAUGAUUGUUUUGUGCUAAUGCCAACAGGUGGCGGUAAGUCACUGUGCUACCAAUUACCGGCAUUAUUGGGUUCUGGGGUAACUAUUGUGGUUUCGCCGUUAAAGAGCUUGGUGUUAGAUCAGGUUCACAAAUUGAAUUCGUUGGAUAUCAAAUCAGCGCAUUUGUUGGGUGAUGUUUCUGAUGCGGAAGCUAACGCGGUUUACAGAGAUUUGAACAAAGAUUCACCCAGUUUGAAGCUUUUGUAUGUAACUCCGGAAAAAUUGUCGUCUAGUACGAAAUUUUUGGAUGUUUUAAAGCGGAUGUAUCAAAAGGGAUUGUUAGAGAGGUUUGUUAUUGAUGAAGCGCACUGUGUUUCACAAUGGGGACAUGAUUUCCGACCGGAUUACAGAAAAUUGAGCUUCUUGAGGAAGUCUUUUCCGAAAGUUGGGAUGAUGGCGCUUACUGCCACUGCCACGCCAACUGUUAGAACGGAUAUUUCAAUUAGAUUGAGCUUGAACAAUCCUAAGUAUUUCUUCACCAGUUUUAACAGGCCUAAUUUGAAGUACACGGUGAUUGAAAAGAAGGGAAGAAAUUGCUACGCUGAAGUUGCAGCGCUGAUUAAGGAAAAGUAUUCUGGAGAAUGUGGGAUUGUUUAUUGCUUCUCCAGGAAGGAUUGUGAUGACUAUGCUGAUCAUCUGAGGAUGAAUGGAAUUAAAGCGGGAAGCUAUCAUGCUGGGUUGACGGACAAACAGAGAACUGAGUCCCAGAUGAAGUGGAUCAGGGAAGACACUAAGGUUGUCUGUGCUACUAUUGCUUUUGGCAUGGGCAUUGAUAAGGCUAAUGUCAGGUUUGUCUUCCAUGCGACCAUUCCCAAAAGUAUUGAAGGGUAUUAUCAGGAAAGUGGAAGGGCUGGGAGGGAUCAGGAAAAUGCGGAUUGUAUUCUGUUUUAUAAUUACUCGGAUACUAUUAAGUUGAAGAAUAUGAUGAUGGCUGAUCAAAGCUCGAGGGAUGCAAUGCAAAAUCAUUUGGAUAAUUUGGUCAAGAUGAUUUCCUUUUGUGAAAAUAAAACUGAUUGUAGGAGGGUGCUGCAAUUGAGGUACUUUGGGGAGAUUUUUGAUAGGAAGUUUUGUAUUGGGAAUCCAGCUACUACUUGUGAUAAUUGUCGGAAUAAGGAGAAUUUUAUUAUGGCAGAUAUGACUGAGGAUGCAAGAGCUAUUGUACGCGCUGUAAGGGAUAUUAUUCAAGCAAGGAAGUGUAAUUUGACUUUGAUUUAUCUGAUGGAGGUUCUUAAGGGAUGUGAUUUGAAAAAAAUACGAGAAUCGGAUCGUUUUUUGCAUCAAUUGGUAUUCGAAAAUUAUCUAUCAGAAGACCUUCAGAAUAUCAAAGAAAUAGUGGUUGCUUAUGUAAAACUUGGAGAACGUGCUAAAGUUCUAAUGACCACCGAAGUCAAGGUCAUGUUCCCAACAAGACUAGAAACCAACAACAGAUUAACAGUAACAGUGUCAUCAGCAACAAAGCCCGACAACAAAGUCUUGAAGGAACUUCAAGACCGGUGCUACGCAGAGCUGAUGCGUGACAUCACUGGCAUAGCAGAAGCCCUGGACAUCCCGGCUGCGAGUAUAAUGAGCAACAUUGCAGUCCGUGCGAUGAGCCAGCAGUUGCCGGCUACUAAAGAAGAAAUGCUGAAGAUCCCCCACGUGACAGAAGCAAAUUACAACAAGUACGGUAAAGUAUUGCUGCAAAUAACCGAGCGGUACGCUGCGGAAAAAGUCGCGAUGGAAAUGGAGGCAAAGGAGAUGGAGGAGGAGGCAAAUCGUGGGCUUGACCAGGAGGAGGAUUGGCUUGAUACUGGUGGUGGGUCCACUGGCGGGUCAAGCGGCCAUGGAUCUUACAGAGGGUUCCGCGGUCGAGGUAAAAAACGUUUCGGUACUAGUAAAAAAGGUAGCAAUCCAAAACGUACUAAAUAUUCUGGGUCAUCUUACUCUAAUUCUCCAUCUGGGUCCACCAAUCAAUCCAAGGCCAACGGCGCAAGUAAGAGUUCACGUGGACGUGGACAAGCUAGUGGACGAGGACGAGGUCAAGCUACUAGUGGUCGAGGACGGAAUUUAGGGCUUGUUGAUUUUACUCAGAAAAAAGAAUUUAUUGCAGAUCCGUUGAGAUAUGCUGGUUUAGGACUUUAA